GCCUCGGGGCUGGGGGCUGCUUUUCAUCGCCCACGAUGAGGAUCCGUCUGGCCAGAAGAUGGACCUGGGUCCGCAAAAGCUGCGUGUUUCUCGGUUUCUUGAUGAUCGCUUACUUUGUGGUCGAGCUGUCGGUUUCUUCAUUCGGUGCCUCCCUCGCCGGGGAGAGCAUCACCAAAGUGAAAUGGGAGAGGCGCUUUUCUGACAGAGCAGAAGAAGCUGUGGAUUUGGCUCGUCCAGUUUAUGACAAACCCCCGCCUGACUCUUAUGCCCCAGGAGAAUGGGGUAAGCCCUCUCGCCUGCAGCUGAGUCCUGAGGAAAAGAAACAGGAAGACGAGCUGAUUGAGAAGUAUGCAAUUAAUAUUUAUUUGAGUGAUAAAAUCUCUCUCCACCGGCACAUUGAAGAUAAUCGAAUGAGUGGCUGUAAAACUAAAUCUUACGACUACAGAAGACUGCCCACGACAUCUGUUGUAAUUGCUUUCUACAACGAAGCUUGGUCAACCUUGCUGCGGACCAUACAUAGUGUUCUCGAAACAUCACCUUCAGUGCUUCUAAAAGAAAUUAUACUGGUGGACGACUUGAGUGAUAAAGUGUAUUUGAAAGCUGAACUGGAAAAAUACAUAAGCAGCCUGAAAAGAGUUCGUUUGAUAAGAACGAACAAAAGAGAAGGAUUGGUUCGUGCCCGCUUAAUUGGUGCUACUUUUGCUACUGGUGAGGUCCUCACAUUUCUGGACUGUCACUGUGAGUGUGUCUCUGGCUGGCUGGAACCGCUCCUCGAAAGGAUUGCUGAGAAUGAGACCGUUGUUGUCUGUCCUGUCAUUGACACCAUUGACUGGAAAACUUUUGAAUACUACAUGCAAACAGCAGAGCCCAUGAUUGGGGGGUUUGACUGGCGGCUGACCUUCCAGUGGCAUUCGGUGCCUAAACACGAACGUCUCCGGCGCAAGGCUGAGACCGAUCCAAUCAGAUCCCCAACCAUGGCUGGUGGCUUGUUUGCUGUCAGCAAGAAGUAUUUUGAGUACUUGGGUACCUACGAUACAGGAAUGGAUGUCUGGGGAGGGGAGAACUUAGAGUUAUCAUUUAGAGUUUGGCAGUGUGGAGGCAUGUUGGAAAUUCAUCCAUGCUCCCAUGUAGGCCAUGUGUUUCCAAAGCGUGCACCCUAUGCUAGACCCAAUUUCCUUCAGAAUACGGCACGUGCUGCUGAGGUGUGGAUGGAUGAGUUCAAGGAGCACUUCUACAACAGAAAUCCUUCAGCAAGAAAAGAAAACUAUGGAGAUAUUUCUGAAAGAAAGAUACUGAGAGAACGUUUGAAAUGCAAGAGUUUUGACUGGUAUUUAAAAAAUGUAUUUGCUGAGUUGCAUGUACCGGAAGAUCGUCCUGGCUGGCAUGGUGCUAUCCGCAGCGCAGGAAUAGCUUCAGAAUGCCUCGACUAUGUCUUACCAGAACAUAAUCCUACUGGGGCUCACCUUUCUCUCUUUGGAUGUCAUGGACAAGGAGGCAAUCAAUUUUUUGAAUAUACAUCAAAUAAGGAAAUUAGGUUUAACUCUGUAACUGAGCUAUGUGCUGAAGUCCCAGAGCAUGAAGAUUACAUAGGUAUGAGAAGCUGCCCAAAAGAUGGAUCUCCUAUCCCAGAAAUUAUUAUAUGGUAUUUCAAAGAUGAUGGGACAAUUUAUCAUCCUCAUUCAGGAAAGUGCCUUACUGCUUAUCAUACAACUGAGGGGCGUGCUGAUGUGGAAAUGAGAACUUGUAAUGAUGGAGAUAAAAAUCAGAUUUGGAACUUUGAGAAGUAAUAACUGCUGGUAGUACAAAUCAAAUGGACUGUGAUCUCCAAGGUUUUUACAGAUGUGAGAGAUAGCAACACUUGAUUUUAUAGUUUGGAAAGUCUUCAGAUGUGUCUGUAGUGGUGUAGAAACAAUAUCUGCUGUGGUGAACUGUAAGGAAAGCAAAAGUAACUACUGGGGUUUAGUUCCUAAAAUAUUGAAUACAGAUUGGAUGCCUUUUAUUUUUGUAAAAUUUUGAUCCAUUAUUUUCUUACUGUGGCCUGUCUUAUGAUACAACAAAGGCUUUUGAGUGGACUGAGGAAGGAUUUUUUUUUUUUUUUUUAUAAACAUUAUACACAUUAAACCUGCGAGAUAACAAUACACGAAAGUAUAUUCUUGCUUUGAGCAGAAUGGUUGCGUUCUUGCAGUGGAAUAACUGACCUAUGAUGCAGAUACAUUGUAACAUAUGUAUCUAACUUCUAAGUAAUGCUACAGUAGCAUGUGAUUGAAUCAACCUUUAUGUGCAAAGUGGAAUCCUAAGCCUUGUACUAUUCAGUUUUCUGGGAAUUCAUGUGCUCUUAAAGGUUUCAUGCUGACAACUAGGUAUAUUACAUUGAAGAAAAGUGAGGGGGUUUUUAGUAGAUGGAGUGUGACACUGUUUUGCAGUCUUGUGCCUAUUCUGGAAAACUUACCUCAUGAGGGUGAAUCAGGAGCUUUCAUGCGUUUAGAAGAGUGUGGUAGCAGUGGAACCAAGGAUGUGCGGAUGAUACCACAAAUGGGAAGAGACAGGGAUUGCUACAAGUAAGAAUUCUGUUUAAAAGUAAUGGAAAAGGGAAAAAAGCACAGAAUUACAUUAGCUACUGCCAUUUCUUAGCUAUAUAUUUAAUAUUUAUGUUGCCUCUGUGUAAGUUUUCCCAUGUUAAGCCUGGCAUCCUAGGGACACAGUUCAUGUGACUAUACCAUGCAUCUUUUUUAUUUUUACUUUUUUUGUGGUCUGUCAGUGGGGAAAAGGAGGGGGACACAGAAGAAAACUUGGGCUGUUUUAGUUUGUGUCAUGUAUUUUGGUAACAGGUGGCAUUCAUCAGCCCUAGGCAGAGUGCACCACAUGCUGCCACUUUCUAGUCACAGUAGUGCCAUGGGAGACCUUGGAUAAGGUUGGGAAGCUGAAGUUCUUGAAGCAAAGGGAAUUGAAAAGGCAAAGGGCAGCUUGGAGGAAGCCAAGAUUUGUUGAUUAGGUGGUUCACAGAACUGCUUAUUUAGAAUGUUUUGUGUAUCCUGUUAUAUUGAUUUUUGAAGAACAUUGAUUCCUGAAUUGUGUCACUAAUCUGUUUUGAGCAUGAUUAUAGACAGUAGAUGUGAUAUAUUGUGUACUGGAAGAAAAAUACCUUCUGUUGGUAUAUGUGUUUUUAGCUUUUUAUAAUUUACGUUGAACACUUACCUUAAUGUUUCGGGCAUUCCAGCGUUUUUUAUUACUUUCACUGAAUUGAUAAAUGUUCUUCAGUAGCCACAGUGUAGGUCUGGUAGGUAGGAACUUGAGCUAGUGAGAAGUAACAAUCAUGGAUACUCAAGGAAUGGAGUAGAUGUGCAUUUGCUGCAGGUAUUAGUAAGUAAAAGGGUUAAAAGGGAGCAAGUGAGACCUGAAAAAGUGAAGAUUUGCCAAAAAUAAAGCAAGAGUAAACUAAGACUUAUUCUUGAGUUUUAGUGGUUUUAGAUAGUUGAGAGGUUUGUGUGGCAGCAGGGUUAGAUACAAGGGGAACAGAAGAAAACAGUUUGGAGCUGGGGAUGUAGCACUGAAUCAUACUAAAAAUACUUGCCACUGUGUGGCAUGGAUUGUUUUAAGUCUAACUUAUUUUUCAGAGGUUGCUUGCAAUUUUAUUUCCUUUUUUUUUUUUCCCCUCAAGCUGUUUGUUCUUUUUUUCUUAUUUCUUUUUGAAAAAGGGAACUUCUUUACUUCAUAAGGGAGACAUUCCUGAAAAAUUCCAUUCUGCAUUGCAGCAAGGAAUUAUUUCAUGGACCUACAAGUUAUGAACCAUUUAUCAAAUUUUAAAAGGCAGCCAGUCAUUAUGUACUGGGGCAAUAAAUUAUACAAAGUAUGUGCAUUUGUGAAAAGCUUGCUGUAUACUGUUACAUUCAAUAGAAAUUACAGGAUAAAGGCCUGGGUUCUCCUACAUAGCAGAGCAUAAGUUGUACGUGCAAUGUGUGUUUCCUCAAAUCAAAGUAAUUAAAUGGUGUGAAUAUAGACUAUGCAACUUUUAUACAAUUAAGUUUUUUAGGACAUGGCAAAAAACUACAUUUCAUAUAAAGAACUACCUUCCUGUUAAAACUGACAUUCAAAGUGUUCCUUAUAAAUUUAAGCAAUAAGUCUAAAUGGAUCUGCCUCUUAUAGUUUGAAAAGCUAUUCUUUCUGUAUGUAUCUGAACCCUUCCGCCUUCUCCCUGCCACCUCUCAUUCUAUUUUUGUGGUUCUUUAAAAAGUAAAAGGAAAAAAAUAAGAAAGCAAGAAAAAAACAAAGCAAACAAAACAACAAAAAAUGUGGCCCUAGAAAUAAUAAGUGUCAUUUAUUCCCAAUUGGAAUAAAAAAUGUCAAGGGUGGGAGAGGGGCUACAGAAGGAGAGAGAAAGAAGAAAAAAAAAACCUUGCCAUUUCAAGUUCUGCUAGUUUUGAACUGAAUUGCAGCAAUUCCACAGAAAUACUCCAAUCCAAGUUUCUUGGGGUUUUUUUGGGUUUUUUUGUUUGUUGGUUUUUUUUUUUUAGAUUGUACAGAUUUCUGGAAAAUCUGAAACUCUGAAAGAUUAUCUGUGCUGUUUGAAAAUUUGGGGAAUACUUGUAUGUAUUUUGAACUACUGAUUUUAAGUGACUUAAAAAAUUGAAUGUAAACUUAACACUGAGUAAAUGUGGGAGGGCUUUGGGGUUUCUUUUGAGAAAAUAAAAUCCAGAAUGAUAAUUAAAUGUUUGCUAGUGUGCUAACUCUCUUCAGUUCUUUUCCAAUUGUGUAAGUACAUACAGUAUACAAUAAAA